UCUUUCAUUUGUUAAGUCUUGAAAGCAGAAGAAAGAAGCCGAGGUAGCUCAGGUCAUAUCGCUCCUCGGUCUCUUCUCUGUUCUUUCUUUCCUUUAUUCUUUCACAAGGUCAAGCUAUUUUAUGGUCUCUGCUCUGGAUCCUUAAUUUUUGUUCAAGUUCGUUAUCCAAACACUAGGUAAAGCUGCUGUCGAGGAUUGAAUUUACUCUCUUGUCCCCGGAACCUUCAAACACUUUUUUUCCGGUUCUUGUUUUCGGGGAGCUCGGCAGAAGGAAAAGAGGCUCCUAGCACAAGGUAGCUUGUCUCGCCUUUCAAAAGGGAUGGGAACGGUUGAGAACAAAGUGACGAACGGGUGCGUAACGCAUGUGAAUCUGCGGAACUGUUCGAGCUAAAUCCUGAAUGAAGCUAAAAAGUUAAGUUAAAAAAUGUAUUAAAAUAAAAAGAAAACUAAAUUAAUUAGGAGAGUUUAACGAAUAUGAUUUGAAAUUAGGGGUAGGUAAGGUUUUGCGUAGAAAAUUUGUAAAAACUGUUAAGUCUUCAUUCAUUUUUUAGAAACCAGCAGGAGAGUUCGGCGGCGGAGGGAGAAUGGGAAAGCGAGACAAGAAACAGAAACAUCACGACGGACAUUCUCGUCGAAGGGAUUUCAAGUUUAAUUCAGAAGGAGAUGUUGUGGAAGAUGGUGAUCUUCAUAGCUAUCCAGUAGUAGAAGAAGAAGAAGUUGAAGAAGAAGUAGUAGAAGUGGAGGAGGAGGAGGAGGAGGAGGAGGAACAAGAAACAAGCAAUGAGGGCUCAUCAGUGGAUAUUCCUUCGAAAUUUCAACUCUAUCAACAAUCAGUUCAGUCACCCAAGGGAGAUAUAAGUUAUUUGCACAAGUUUUUUUUAAUGUACGUGGGAGGUAGGCAGCCGAUCCAUUUCCAAGAAGAUUUUUGUGGCACUGCACUUUUGAGUAUAGAAUGGCUUCGAAAUGAUUCACGUAGGACUGCUAUAGGUUUGGAUCUUGAUCUUGAGGCAUUAACGUGGUGCAUGGAGAACAAUGUUAACCGAAUUGGAGCCGACGGAUAUUCAAGAAUCUCUCUUUUUCAUGGAAAUGUUCUGCAUCCUUCAGAGGCCAGACUUGUGAAUCCAAAGCCCGAGGAGGAGCUGAUUGAAAAUUUAACAUUGGAAGAUAGCAAAGAUAAUCUCGAAGCCAGUGCAUCAAAAUCCAUUGUGAAAGAGGAAUCUGCCUCUAACGAUAACAACUAUAUAAAGAGGAACAUUACAUUGCCUGCCAGAGAUAUUGUGUGCGCAUUUAACUACAGCUGUUGUUGUCUCCAUUCACGUAAAGAUCUUGUUAUGUAUUUUAAGCAUGCCCGUGCUAGCUUAUCCAGAAAAGGUGGGAUAUUUGUCAUGGAUUUGUAUGGCGGUACCUCGUCAGAACAGAAGUUGAAGCUUCAAAGGAAAUUCGCUAAUUUUAAGUAUAUCUGGGAGCAAGCUGAGUUCGACAUCAUUGGACGUAAAACGAGGAUUAGCCUCCAUUUUGAUCUUAAGAAGCAGCAGAAGAAGCUUCGCCAUGCAUUUUCAUACAGCUGGAGACUGUGGUCCUUACCAGAGAUCAAAGACUGUUUGGAAGAGGCUGGAUUCAGAUCCAUCCACAUUUGGAUUCGGCAGAUGCCGGACACCGAAGAGAUUAGAAGUAUAGAGGGGUUUGGCGCAGGAAGUGAAGUGAAAUAUGAGGAGGUCGAAACUUUUCAACAAAAGGAUUCUUGGAACGCAUAUAUUGUUGGUGUUUCAUAGUUUUGAGCACCCAGAAAUUCUAUGAUCUUGGGCAUUCGAUUUUCAUGUCGUUUUCGUUGGUGUCUGAAACAAAACUAUAGUAGCAAGGGAGACAAGGUAGGCAAAUAAGGUAUUUCCAGCUCAUCCCAUGAUUGCUAAUGUUCUCUUUUUUAGUUCUUACAGUUCAUUGGUCAAAGUUCCUCCAAUAUGAAGUGGUUUCUUAGCUGCAGUAUGGUAUACCUUACCACAGUUCUAACUGUGAUUUUUCCUCCAAGGUUCUACUUAUAUAGCUGAGUGCAAAUUCUAAUUUUUAUUUUUUGGCA